CGACUCGAAGAGAUCGUAAAGUACAUCUCGGCCAAGAUACAUCGAGCAACAAGCGCUGCCUCCAACUUGGAGAAGGUGCUCGAAGAGGCUCAACGCUCACCCUUCACGACAAGAAUCUCUAGCGUUCGCGUUUGUUACAUCAACAAGUUCAAGUUCAUUCCGUACAACGGGCUAACUGACCCAAAACCUUUCUUAACAUCGAUGAGUAUUGCAAUCAACCAAGCAAACUUUAGUCCUGAAGAAUAUGAUGCCGGAUUCUGUCAGAUCUAAUACGAGCUCACCGCUGCUUUCUUACAACACCACUCGACCUUUAUGAUAAAGGGAGCUUCUAACGCCGAUCUCUGGACGAUGUACCAAGAGGACGACGAAUCGCUCAGAGAGUUCAUGGAACGAUUCAAGAAGGUUGUUUCAAAGCUCGCCAUUGCAGACGAUACUGCGAUCUCCGCUCUCCGAAAUGCUCUCGCAUAUGAGUCUCGCUUCAGGGACGAUAUUAUCAUAUACGAGCCUCUGACUCUCGAUGACGCACUGCACCGGGCUAACAAGUACAUCGAGAUAGAAAAAGAGAAAGACGCAUGGUCAAACCAUCCAUUAAGAUAA